AUGAUAAAGAUAGCUGCAAGCUCCGGACCGUCUCAAGGCAGUAUCUUUUUCAACUUUGGCGGGCCUGGGUCUGCUGGAGAUACAGAAUUCGCUGUCUAUGGAGAUGUCCUUCUCGCUCUUACUGGCGGCGUCUACGACCUCAUCAACAUCUUUCCUAGAGGCACGAGGACCAAUUUGCCUUUUUCGUGUUACGAUUCACCGGAGGAAAGAAAUUUGGCAGCCCGGCUCCGGCCCUCUGCUGGAAAUGCCUCCGAUGUGGCUCUCGGAACGAUCUGGGCUGCGUCGGAGACGAUCGCGAACCGAUGCUACCAGCGGAAUAACCAGACUGCCCACCUCCUUGGUACCGCAUUCACAGCCAGGGAUAUAAUUAGCGUCGUGGACGCUCUCGGCGAGGAUGGCCUUGUUCGCUACUGGGGGAUAUCCUAUGGAACUGUAUUGGGUGCAACGCUCGUAUCAAUGUUCCCGGAUCGAAUGGAUAAGGUGCUCUUUGAUGGAGUUGUCAACGCUCACGAAUACUACACCAAUGAGCUAGAGUAUCUCUCUGAUACCGACAAAACGCUUUCUAUCUUCGCCUCACAAUGUGUCGAAGCCCGCGAUCGUUGCAAAAUCGCCGGUAACUAUACGGCAAAAGAACUCGAAGACGCCAUUUACGCCGGGUUGGAAAGAAUUAAAUACAACCCGAUCCCCCUGUAUUUAUCCACUGGAGCCAUGCUCCUCGAUUACAGUGCUUUAAAGAGCACCAUCUUCGGCGGGCUCUACGCGCCUCAGACUUGGCCACUUCUUGCCAGCAGCCUCGAUGUCUUAUUCUCUGGUAACACUACUACUAUUACAGCUUAUUUUUCGGCCUUGUCCGUCAAUAUUGAGGACGGCCCUGACGACACGGAGGCUCUCCUGGCCAUCAGAGGAAGUGAUAAGCUCAUAUCCGAGUCAACCCUGGACCAGUUUCUCCCACACACCCAAGCCCGAUUCGGGAAGAGUAGAAUUGGCGGUGACGUUGCCGAGGCCAGCAUAAUUGACUGCUUGAGAUGGAAAACGCGUGCGAAGGAGCGAUACGAGGGUGAUUUCCGUGCCGAGACCAGGAAUCCGAUCCUCAUGAUCGCCAAUACCGCCGAUCCUGUGACCCCACGCGCUUCCGCCUACAACAUGAGCGCUGGGUUUGAGGGCAGUGUCGUUCUCGAACAAGAUAGCCCUGGACACUCGAUUCUUGUUCAGGCGUCUUUAUGCACUGCCAAGGCCGUUCGAGAGUAUUUCCUGAACGGCACCGUGGUCGAACCCGGGACGGUGUGUAAGUCCGAUGCUCCGCCAUUCGCGAUGGAUGACGGAUGGGACUCUGUUUUGGCACAGCUCAGGGGGAAUGGAGAGAGUCCCUAA